UACCGUAAAGCUACAGGUGGGGGACUGCAAUGGAGGGAGGGCAGCAAAGAGCUGCUCACUGCCUAUCUGACUAGUCAAACACCACCGCGGCCGUGUCUCGUCGUCGUCAGUCCCGACUUCCUCUCUCCCCGUUGUGUGGAUUCAGGAAUUAGACAAUGCCCGCAAUUCAAUCAGCCCAAUCUUCAGGAGGCCCAUACGGGACCCACGACUCAGAAGCCAUUCACGAUACAAACCUCAACCUCGCAUGGGCUUCGGGUGUCUUGACCACCACUCUCGCUGCACGCCUCUGAUUCAAGUGGAUCGUUCGAGGUCCGGGUCCCGAAGGACCGAAAUGGCCCUCCCUCCCUCCCUUCGAAACGCCUGCCUAGCUUCUGCGAGCUCCAACGAUCAGCCGACCCAUUCACAUGCGGCUUCUCCACCGAGCUUCGCGCUCCCGAGCAAUUUGUUGCAAAAAAUGGUCGAUGGGGUACUUUUCACGCCCGGCCGUCGCCCCGGAACGUCCUCAAUCAAAGCGAAUAGGAAACUGUAAGAACUAGAAUCCGACGUGACCGGUCCAGAGCGACACCUCUGAGAAAGCAGAGGAGACAAGGGGCGGCCGCACUCAUUGCCUGGUCGAGGACCAUCCCAUCCCAUGAAUGAGA